CUGGGCCACCUCUUCUCCUCGGGAGAGCCGUCGUCGCGUCUCGCGCUAGUUCGACGAGCGGAUCGGCCGCAGGUGGAUUUCGCGAGCGGGUUUCGGCACGGAGAAGUCCUUAAGAGCGCGCAGGUUCCGCGUCGCGUGUGAGAAGCCGAAGCUUGGCUUCGCUGGUCCUCUCAAGUUCGAGCUUCGAAGGUACGAGGGUGCGCGAAUGCGACGGUGUUGACGGCUCGUGAGGGCAAGAAGCCUUCCGUCGAGGUUUUGAUGACGUUUCGCGAUACUGCCGAGAGCUUGAUGAACAGUCGCAGUGACAGUGACAGUGUGAUCCGUGACAGUCGCAGGUCGCUUGAUAUCGGAACUGUUGAUGAGACUCGGUGUCGAUCGUUACGAUGAGGAUAGGAAAGUCCUGCUGGGUGCUGCUGACAGUCGCGCUACUGUCCCCAAUCAAUGGCGAGAAGGACGCUGACGAAGUGGAUGAUGGCGGGAAGGCUCAGACGAAGAUAUCGACAUCGCUGAAGCUCGUCGAUGAGGGCAGCCAAAACGGAACGGACAAAGUACGAGAAGCGAUAAAGCUGCCGGAAAAGCAAGAGCAAAUCAGCGAGCGAAUAUCAUCAGCACGUAGCGUAUCACCGCCGCAAAAAUUGUCAAUGGCGGCAUUAAUCUCCAAGAGAAUGUCUACUAACGACACAACUUCCUCGUCGCUCGAGGAAGCACGUUCUCUUCUCGGCGGCAGCAGAGCAAACGCCAGCAGGGAACUCAAGUUGCCGAUCAGCAUGGACAUCGCAAAGAUCAUAUCCGACGAUUCCGCAGAGGAGACCGAGGAGGAAGACGACGACGAGGAGGACGCGCCUGAGGCGUUGCCCGAGGCCCAAGAAUUACGGUUGGUGAGGCCCCAUGAACGACGACGGCCGCUGCCAAUAAAACCGUUGCGGCCCAUCAGACCGUCUCUGCCGAACAGAAGAAAUGUUUACGCAGGUCCUUCGAGGACGCCCGUGAUACGGCCGUCUAAGCGGCCGAACGAGCCGAAGAGGCGACCCAGCGAGAACGAGUGUACUUUCUUCACGAAGACGGUGUGUCUCGAGGCCAACGAUUAUCCGCACGAGGCGAUAAUAAGGAGUUUAAGGACCAAUAAGGAAAUGGUGUCGGCACUGCUGACCGACUAUAAGACGCAGGAUUACGGAAGCGCGGAGGAAAAGCUGCCGGUCCCCUUGCCGCUGGAGAAUAAAUUCGAGACUCACUACGAGAACAAAUACGAGAACAACGAAAUUAAAAGACGAUCCGACAAUCCUUUCGAUAACGUGGAGGAGGGUUUCACCUGUCCGUCAACUGUCAAGUAUGCUCGUCCGCAAUUAGCGAGAGCCGCUUCCGGAGUCUGGAAGUACAUAAUAAACACCGGCGAACACACCCAGACCUUGCGGCUAGAGAAAUGCUCCAAUCCGCAGUCGAGCUGCUCGUUCAUCUCCGAGAACUACCGCUCCUCCUGCAUGCAAAUCUACAACUACCAUCGAUUGCUGACUUGGGACCAGAAAUUGGGACUUCACAUGGACAUCUUCAAGGUCCCAACUUGCUGCAGCUGCCACGUGCACGGUUACUCUGAGAUUUUCCCGCCGCAUCAAAAGGACCCGCCGACGAAGUCCAAGGAAACAUUCCCAGGCGCGGAUUUCGCCAGCAGCGAUCACAAGAACGAUUUCUCGGAUCUCGGCAAGCCAGCGCUCAACCACAUCAGUAAUUACAGCCCCACCGUGACCUUCGAUUCCAGUCUCGUGUCCAGCAAUAAGAAACAAGUGCUGGAUGUCAGCCCGAGCAGACCGAGUUUUACCUUACCCGGCAGGACCAGGACGAAAAAGCCCUCGCCAGUUCCAAGGCCUUACGACAAAUUGCCGCAGCAGCACGCGCCCAACACGCGAGCACCAGGCUACAAAGGACCGCUAACGAAGGGCAGUAGGCCCAACCGACUCAGCAGGCCGCCCUUCAGGAGGGAAUCCACCUCCCACGUCGAGGAUUACACGGAGGCUGCCGGCAACAGCUCGGUCAAGAACCGCUACAGUCAACCGUACGAUCAAGAAGUGGACGCCUCGUCGAGGUUGCAAAAUGGAGGCUUUGACGAAGAGUACCAGGAGCCGCAAAAGAGGAUCAACUACAGCUACCACCCCAUCAUAGACUUCUUCAAGCCAGAGGCUUCCAUGCUGCAAUCCGUCGAACCAGCCACUCAGUCAUCGACAGCUCAAAGCGACAGUAAUGCAUGGAAACCGAUGAUAUCUUAAGACGUAAAGUUCUUCUUUCGAAGUACCUGACAUCCCACUUCAAUGAGGAUUCGAAAUCACACCUUACAUGCGCCCACGUUUCCUGAAUCAAUCUGUACGAUAUAUACAUACAUAUAGUAAAAGAUUAAUUUUUCUCAGAGAAAUAUAUAAGAUGUCCCUCGAUACGAAAUAUUUAUAGCAAAUCUAUUCGCCUUCACUUUUUAAUUCUGAGUGGAGGAAUUGAAGGAAGAAACAGAAAAAAAAUUGAAGGAAAAAGAUGUGAUCGAGAAUUGUAAGGUACCGCGUAUGUUGCUUUUAAUCGUUAAAAUCUUAUUCGACAGGUUGAAUUUCUCUAAUCUUGGUGUAGUCACCGAAAACACAAUUUUAUUGUAGGCAUAUCAUCGCAGGACACGAGGUACUCGCGAGAGAACACAGAUUUAAGUAGAUAUUCCGUCUGACUAGCUUCUUCUAUUGCAUCAUCAAUUUAUUCUGUCACACAAAGACUUGGUAGGUAAUGAUACGUUUUUACGGCGUAUCGCUUGAAGCGGGAACCCUUGUAUAGUAAUAAAAUAAGAGUCAGAGUAUUUGUUAGAAAUCAUUCUUAAAUAUAGUCGUAGAUGUAUACUUAAUUGAAUAUUAUGGCCAUGAUG